AUGAAGAAAUCCAUUGUGGCGCUUGCGGCGCUGCUGCUUGCAGCAACACCCGCCCUGUCCCAUUCCGAAAUGAACAUGACCGAGCCUGCGGACGGAGCGACGCUCGAUGCCGUCCCAGAAACGAUCCAGCUGAAGUUCACGGCACCCGCGCGUGUGAUGAAAGUGGAGAUGAUGCACACGAACGGCGCAGCCAGUCACACCAAGGCGAUCGAAAUACCGACAUUCGCAAUGGUUGAUGCGAUCAGCCUGACGCCUGAGUUCAUGGGCGCUGGUCGAUACGAGGUGAACUGGCGUGCUCUCGGGGAAGACGGCCAUGUCAUGACUGGCUCCAAGCUGAUCAUCUACGUGGCGAGCUUCCUGGCGGUCGGUACGCUCUUGUUCCGCCUCGGUUUGCCGCGCGCCGGCGAUGAAGUGGCGGAUGCGCUGCGGCCGCUGGCGAUCGCUGCCACGCUGAUCGCCAUAGCGGCGACACUGUUCCGUGUGCUGGUGCAAGCUGGACGGCUGAUGGACGAUUGGGGCGGCAUGGUCGAUCCCAACAUCGUCAUGAUCAGUUUGCAAGGCCCCUUGGGUGAGUCCACCUACGUCCGCCUCGGAGGUUUGGCGCUGAUCCUGCUCGCGGCGCUGUUCCGUCCAGUGCGGGCGCCGGCGACGUUGUUCGGCGCGAUUAUGGUCGCUGCUUCGUUUGCCCUGACCGGCCACGCCACGCGCGAACCGCAAUGGCUGCUCGGUGGGCUGAUCACGUUUCAUUUGUUGGCGGUGGCCUAUUGGUUUGGUGCGUUGGCCCCGCUGUACCGCUUGACCUUGUUCGAUGGCGGUGCAUCCCACGCCGCCGAGAUCGCCGACCGGUUCGGCCGGCAAGCAAGUAUCAUCGUGCCCAUGCUGAUCCUCGCGGGAGGCACUUUUGCCUAUGUUCUGCUUGGCGGUAUCGAGCCGCUUUGGGCAUCCGACUACGGGCGGGUUCUGAUCGGCAAGCUGGUGCUCGUAUCGAUCGUGCUCGGUAUCGCCGCGCUCAACAAAUGGCGUUUCGUGCCGGCGCUGGCGGUUGAUGCCGAGCGCGCGGCGCCGCGUUUCCGAAGAUCGCUGCGAUACGAAACCAUGGCUUUUCUGCUGAUCUUCACGGCAACCGCCUUGCUGACCACAUCCUUCACCGUUCCAGGCAGCUUCAUCGAUCUGGUUGCUGGUCCCUCCCAGCAAGCCAUUUUCCAGCCGGAUGGGCCGGCAUCCGACCUAUGGACGUACAACGGCUCGGCGCCCGGGCCAGAAAUACGUGUGCGACGCGACGAGCGGGUACGGGUCCGUUUGACCAACAACCUUGAAGAGCCAACAUCCCUGCACUGGCAUGGCAUUCGUAUCGACAACGCCAUGGAUGGCGUUGCCGGGCUGACACAGGAGCCGAUCGAACCCGGCGAGAGCUUCGAGUAUGACUUCGUCGCGCCCGAUGCGGGUACCUAUUGGUAUCACGCCCACAACAAGAGCUGGAACCAGGUCGCGCGCGGCCUUUACGGACCGCUGAUCGUCGACGAAGACGAGGUUCCCUUUGAUCGGGCGCAUGAUCUGACGCUGGUCAUCGACGAUUGGCGGCUGGCCGGCGAAGGCACGCUGGAUGUGGCAAGCCUCGGCUCGCUGAUGGACUGGAGCCAUGACGGGCGUUUGGGCAAUUGGCUGACGGUCAAUGGCCGGGCCAUGCCGGUCAAUAUGUUGAAUGCAGGUGAGCCUUACAGGCUUCGCCUGAUCAACGCCUCCAACGCUCGAAUCCUCGAAAUCGAUCCGAACCGUUUCGAUGCAAAAGUGAUCGCCUAUGACGGGCAGGCUCUGCCCGAGCCGGUGCGCCUGACCUACGCGCCGCUCAUGGUCGGUCCGGCGCAACGCGUCGACCUGCUGAUCGUACCGCAAGCGGGAUCGGAUUUCGUCAUCGAAGAGCUGUCGGGCGACACGCCAUUUGCCUUUGCCGGGUUUGAAGUCCGGGGCGAAACGGCGGACGGGCCGGGUGUGCCGUCAUUGCCGGUCAACGAUCUGCCCGAACCUGAAUUGGCUGGCGCACGGACGGUUCGCGUCGAGAUGACGGGCGGUGCGAUGGGCAACAUCGGACGCGUUACCUACAAUGGCAAAGUGCUCGAAGGCUCCGACUUCCGCGACACCGGCCAGGUCUGGGCGUUCAACGGUAUCGCCAAUCUUCCCGAGACGCCGCUAUAUUCGGCGCAACGCGGCGAAACGAUCGUCAUCGAGACCGUCAACAAUACAGCGUUCGUUCACGCCAUGCAUGUCCACGGCCACCAUUUCCGCGUCAUCGAACGCUCGGGCAGCGAGAUCGAUGUUGGUCAGCCAUGGCGGGAUACGUUUCUCGUCGGGCCGCAACAGACAACCAGGAUCGCCUUCGUUGCCGACAAUCCCGGCAAGUGGCUCUAUCACUGCCACAUGCUCGAACACGCCGCGGGCGGCAUGAACACAUGGUUCGAGGUGACCUGA